AUUUCGGCAGUGCCCCUGACAAUCAUGUUUUGAUCAUUUUUACAAAUCUACAAGUGAAACGAUGUCGUGACACGAAAUUCUACGUAUUACUCAUUUUCGUUACAUUAUUGAAAAUUUGAAAUAGAAGAAGCAAAUGUUACUACUUCAUUCGGACUGUUCCCUUUUUUCAUGAAUGAUGAUUAACGGUUAGAAGGAGAAGCUAUAUUUCCGAUUAUUUGAGAUAUUAUUUCGAGGGUGCAAUAUGUCGAAAGUUAAAUCUCCAGUAAAAUUAGGUGGUACCGGUGAUCACAGCGAUGUCGGUGAAAAUGAUGCGAUUGAAGGAAAAAAGGAAAUUGUUCCAUACUACGACUUCGGAAAACGAUGGCAUCGCUUUCGCGUUCUGACACCGCGAUCGUUCAUAAUUCGGGGUUCCCAUGCCAUGAGCGAUCUCCGAUUCAAGUACAGAAGUCGCGGUCGCCAAGCUGCCCCGUGCUCAGUAGUGGCUCUCGUCUACGGCCGAAUGUUUCAUCCGAAGGAGUGGACGCGGGAGCACGUCGACCAAGUACUCGAGCACGGCGACAAGCUAUUUCGCUUGAGCAUAAUGAGGAACCAGCUGAAGGAGGACGAGUAUAUGAGAACCAACCUCGUGCACAACGAAUUCUACGUGAGCAUCUACAAGGUUCUGGUACGCGUUGAGGACAGUGGGAUUCGCGGCAAUCUUUUCAGCGAGUCCGUCGGCUGCUCCGACCUCACGGAAGGCUUACGGAAAUUCUUCGAGAGCGGUGACGACGCCAGAGGAGUAAUCACGGCGCAGGGUAAUUCCGUCGCUGUGUGGCGUCAAUCCCCUGAAGCUGGUUUCCUUUACUACGACCCGGCGUCGUGCGAUGAGGCGGGUGUACGCUGCACUGACGGCACAGCCUGUCUGAUGAGAUUCAAAUGUUUGGAUGAUUUGCGCGAUCAUGUGCUGAAGAGCGUGAACCCGCUCUAUGACUCUCGAUAUUGCAUCGAUCGCGUAACCAUAUUGCGCGUUGUGGAGGUUGGUCGACCUUUCGUCGAACUCAUGGCCAGCGCCACAGGUCCUGUAGUGCAGAAGAGUAUAUUGCGAUCUAUCAAUCCGGUGGACGCCGAUGAGCUGGACUGUACCAAGCCAGUACCGAAGGACGAGAGACUGCGCGCAUCUGCUCGGAUACGCAAGCAGCCGUUGUUCAUUACCAUCUCGAAUUACAGCAUCGACCGUCGAUUUGCCACAGAGCCGUUGGUGAACCGGAACGAUUUCGACACUGGUUACUCCUACGACGACAUGCGGGUGAACGUGCCGUCCACGUUCAAGGAACUGCCUGGAAAAACAGCGAUUCUUCGUGGUCUUACUCACGAGGGUAGCGAGGAGUACAAGGGCAAGGGCGCUCAGAACGUGGCCAACUGUGUGAUGUCCAUCGUCAUGAAGGAAGUCCACCCGGUCAAGACAUGGUUGAGAUCCAAGUUGGACGAGAUCCUGAUAUUAGGCGACUCGAUGUACGCUAACGUGAAGGCUGAGAAGCCGAUGAUAAAGACAAUGACUGCCUCUGAUUUGAACGACGCGAGGAUCAUAGUGGAGGACCGUAAAUUGGCAGUGGGCGUGGAUCUAAUCUCCGUGACCGGCACGAUAAGUUCGAAGACGCCGUCGGUGUUAAACUUGAAGCAGGCAUUGGAACAGUUUUUUCUGUUGUACGAGGAGGGGGUGCUCGAGACGCCUUCCAUGGCGGUCGCGAUUUGGAGUCAAAAUGACUGUUAUUACAUGUUCGAUCCUCGGUCUUGCGACGCCUUAGGUGUGAGAAUUAAGGAAGAGAAGGCUACCAAGGUCGCAGCAGGCAAGGGUAAAAAGACAGAAGAUGACGCCGUGAGGAAGGAGCAAGGAAGCUGUUGUGUAACACGAUUUCCAGACGUGGAUUCGUUGGUCACGUUAUUCUUGAAGAAUAUCGAUCCGGCUAAGAAGAAUGACAGAUUCACUGUUAGACACGUCACAGUGAUGGACGACAAGCCUGGCAGUCGAGCCUGGAAUGAAUUCCAACCCGGUGAGGUGGGCAAGACCUGGUUGUUGCGCGGCAGCAUCUCCAACAUGGAUGAAUCGUUCAAGGAGGAGAAUCAAGGGGCACAGGGCCUUCCCAUGUCAAUAGUAGCUUUAGUGAACGCGAGGGAAAUUCCACCAGCGAAAUGGAGCAGCGAAACCGUCGAUGAAGCGGUGCGAGAGGGCGACGCUUAUUACAACUGGUGUAAACCUCCCGAGACAAAGGAGGAAGUGGAGGAAAAGACGUUUCUUCUUCAGGAUUUGAAGAGGCACUUCUAUCUGAAGAAUUGCAAAGUGAAAGUCGACAUCGAAGAGGCGGUAGUCGUUGGAGACUUAUCGGCGUCGGACGACUCUGAGGUGCUCAACUUGAAGAAAGGAUUGCGUCAAUUUUUCGACAAUAAGCAGUACGGGAUAAUCGAGGUGAAGAAUCUUUUGGCGGCUGUGUGGAAAGCUGAGGAGCAGCUCAAGGACAAGAGCAAGGAGAUCUAUUAUUACUAUUUCGACUCCAAUCCUCGAGAUGCUUUGGGUCGGAUAAUAGAGGCAGAUGAAGAGAAUACCGCCUGCGUGGUGCGAGCUUUGGAUGUUUCGGCAUUGGCAGAGCUGAUUCAGAAUAAUGCAGGACGAGAAGGUGGAAACGAUUUUACGAUACAUGAACUGAAGAACAUCGCCAUUGGUGCGCCGAUGACGGAUGACAAGAUCGAGGCGGAUAAAAGAAUACCAGUUAAACCGGACUUAAAACACUACUCUGCCAUGGGCGACACUGGCGCUGUGCUUUUGGGCACCAUCAACCAGGGUAACGAGACACUUUUCAAACGGCAGACGAGAGACAGGCAGCAAGCCGCAAACUCUCUCACGACUCUAGCCAUGACGAAACUCUACAAUUCUCACCUGUGGUACCGCGAAUUCGUGGACGAUAUCCUGAAGAUCGGCGACAAGCUUACCAAUGAAAAUCUGGUGAACUUGUUGGAAGCGGAAGAAAUGCCUAGAAACUAUCUUCUUCCAUCGGAGAUCACGGAGGAUUUCGACAUAGGAGUCAAUCGUAUAUCAUUCGUUCUCGAGGAGGAAGCUGUCAGUGGACAUGUGACGGAGAUGGCGAGCUUGCUGGAAGAAUUUUUCAAGGAGAACGCGAUGGGAGUGCUGCGUCAGGGUGAAACAAUGAUGCCGAUCUGGAGGGAGGCCGACGUGUUCUUCACGAUGGAUCCCAAAGGCAGGGACACUCGUGGUGAGCCCGUUGAAAAGAACGGAGCUGCGGCGGUGAUGUGGUUCACCGACGUGCCGUCGUUGGCUGCCGCGAUCCAUACCGCAGUCGCGUCUGAUGACGAUUUCGUCAUCGACGCCGUCACAAUGGAGAACACGUACGAGACGCGGACAACUGAGGCUCGGCUAACGAAGAGGACCACUUCCGGGGAAGAGCUGUGGCAUCACUUUCCCAAACUCGCGGAUGGCGUUUGGAACAUCGGCGGUAAGAUCACCAUGAUGGACGAGAGGUUCGACGAGGUGAAUCGCGGCAAGCAAAGCGCCGCUAUCGCCGCGAUGGCCGUCAUUUUCUCCAAGGUGUACCAGCCAAAAUACUGGACGUCGAGCAUUCUCGACGAGGUCAUAGUCACGGGCGACAAGCUCCACUCCAAGUGUGUCGAGAGACUGGGCGUGGGUUCAGUGCCUCUAGUGAACGAGAUCAUCAGCGAGUUCUUCUUGUCAACACGGCGUAUUGCUUUGACAAUUAAAGAUUGCGUACAAGCGGGUAAUCUUACCAGCAGAUCGCCCAAGGUUCAAGAUCUACAAAGCGGAAUCGACAACUUCUUUGAGAAGUACGACGCUGGUGCAUUGACUGUACGGGGAGAACGAAAUAUAGCCAUAUGGAAGGUCGACGACGCGUAUUACGCCUUGGUGCCUGAUUGGUCCACCACCGUGGAAGAGACUACGUCGACGGCACCGCAACUAUUCAGGUUCAGGAAUGCAAGUCUCCUCGUGGAAUACGUGCUGCGUCAUUUUGGAGAGAAAGACGAUUAUCAGAUCACCGCGAUCGACGUGUUGGAUUGGAAUAAGUUGCCGCCGUGGAAAUUCGAUCCCAGCCCGGGUAUUCGACCGACGAACUUGCCACCCUUGAAUGCCUACAGAAGAUUGCAGGGUGAAGCUCGGGCGAUUCUGCGUGGCACUUAUCAUCAAGGUAGAGACAUUUUCCCUGAAACAUUACGCAAUCGACAAACAGCAGCGAAUUGUGUCGUGGCGCUCGGCAUGUCGGUCAUCAAAAGCCCCGUCACGUGGACGAAGAAGACUAUGGAUGAGAUUCUAGCGAUCGGAAGUGGCGUUCAUCUGGAAACGAAGAAGGUCAAACUUACUAAAUCGAGAUUGAAGCCGAAUGAUAUCAUUAGAAUAUUCUACAUAGGUGUCAACGUUCUGACCGCUGACGUCGAGUCCAACACUGUAACCGGUCAGGUAGCGAUCGCGCCUGUAGUUCUCGAGGAGAAGAAAUUAGGGGAAAAGAAGGUGAGAGAGAAGAAGAUAGAACAAAAGAAGGGACAAAAGGACGCCAAGGAUAAGAAGGGAGUGAAACGAGAACGAGAGCCACCUCCCCCAAUGAUCUUACUCGAGGAAGGUCUGCGGAAAUUCUUUCAGAACAACCAUGCCGGCAUUCUGGUGACCGAUCGCGGAAUGACCGCCAUUUGGAAAGAUCUAGGUGUCUACUUCAUGUACGAUCCACGAGCACGAAGCGAUCAGGGUCUGCCGGACGCCGACGGCUCCUCAUGCGUAAUGUGGUUCGCCUGCAUGGAACCUUUAUACGACGUUAUCUUCGCUAACAUCAGCCAGCAAGAGAAGUACGGACCUUUUGAGAUCUGUCGGGUGAUCGUAAAGACCACCAUGAUCGAACCGUUGCCGUGCCCAGCCGGCUUCCGACCUUGUUCCGAUCGUAUCGCGCCACCCAUCGUGCCGAUCCUCUCCGUGAAGAAGACACCUACACUGAACGUGGAACCGCUCAGCAAGUACGUCAUUGUGGACGAAGAACUCAGCGUUUUGCGCGGUACUUUGCAUAUGAAUCAUCACGUCUACAGCGCGAAGAACCGAGGUCUGCAGAGUACAGCAAUCGCGGCGGUCGCAGUGGUUGUGGGGUUGCUACACGUGCCAUCCACGUGGACGGCCGAGCUGAUCGACGCCGUACUCAAGUACGGCGAUUUGCUGCACUUUGACAGUGUUCGGGUAGCGCGUCCAGAUGCCAGGAACCUCUCACCCAGCGAGUUACUCACCGUGUUCGUCGUGGGCGAUUUUCGUGUCACUGUGCAUGUCCACAAUCAUACAGCGGCGGGCAUACUCCACGUCUGCGAUCUGUCCGAGGCACUGAGCAUGUUCUUUCGCACCAACUGCGCUGGAAUACUACACACGAUCAACAUAGCGGUGGCCGUGAUGCAGCACUAUGGCAAAUUCUACAUGUUCGAUCCAAGCUCGAGAAGCGACCGUGGCGAACCUGCGGCUCUCAAUGGCGCAGCCUGUGUGAUGAAGUGCGAUAGUAUCGCGAGGAUGGCCGAGAUUUUCGUGUCCAAUUGCAGUUUAAGAAGGCCGAACGUGUACACUCUGAACGCGGUGAACGUGCUGAGUCUGCACUUCUUCUCGGACGCGAGAACCGUUUGCCAACCCAAGUGCAAACAGUCACGUCCUUAGUGAGCUCAGUGAAUUUUUCCUUUGUACCUCGACUAGCUAAACUAUGUGUGAU